AUGACUGACGAAGUGGACUUCAUGCGCCGGCAACUAGUGACUAUGGAGUUCGAUUUAGAGGACUUGAGGCGCGGCGUGACUGGUUCACUUCAAGACAUGGUAGCGAGCCCAACGGACGGAAAGUACGGCAGAGUGGUAGAGUGGAACAUUUGGAAGAUGGAGAAGGAAGGAGUGUCCUGGCGGACGGGGACGCUGAAAAGCCCGCCGGUGCCCCUGCUAAAUGCCGUCCAAACCCUGAAGGCUACCUAUCGUCGAAAGGGAAGUAAGGUACACACACAUCGAGACACCAUGCUUUCGAACUGGCCGAUGAUGGAGGAUGAGUACAGGUAUGCUGGUCAGGAGGAGGACGAGCCACAUGUGCUCUACGUGACCCUGAUGUAA